AUGGAGGUAAUUUGUGAUCCAAAUCUUCGUAUGCGUCGCACACUAAACAUGGCCGUGGCGCAAGAAGUCAAUCAAUCAAUUCCUAUUAAUCGUUAUUAUCGAAGUCUAAAUGAAAUAUAUCGUGUUGCUGGCUUUUGUAUGGAGGAUAAAGAUUAUGAAAAAGCUUUUAUUUACUACAUGCGAUUUGUAAGUCUAUCGAUUGAUGAACUGCCGAAACACAAACAAUACAAAAGUUUUUCAUCAUCUGAAAAAAUCAAAGCAGAAGCUACUCUUCGAGACGCACUUCUGAAAGCUGAACUACUUAAAGAGCAGUUGAAGAAAAAGUAUGAAGAAGAAGCAGCCAAAGCAAAGCAAAAUAGGGAUAAGAUUGCCGCUAAUGCAGUGAUGAAGCAUAGAAAUGAUGUAUUACCUGACCAUGAUAUUGCAGUUAUUCAAAGAAUUGAUCUAUCUGAUUAUAUGGAAACGUGUUUAGAAAAUACAUCUGAACAAAGGAAUCUUAAUCACAAAAAAGUUGUUGUUGCUGGUGAUCUGGUGGAACAUUUCAUGCGCUUGGCACAGAUGAAUACCGACCGAAAUGUGGAAACAUGUGGUAUUCUUUGUGGUUCAAUGGUUAGUGGCAGGUCAUGUCAUAUAACACAUGCUGUAGUGCCGAAACAAACAGGUGGCUCAGAUAGCUGUGAUACACGUAACGAAGAAGAAGUGUUUGCGUAUCAAGAUGCGAACAAUUUGGUCACUUUAGGAUGGAUACAUACUCAUCCAUCGCAAACUGCUUUUCUUUCGAGCGUUGAUCUCCAUACUCAUUGCUCUUAUCAAAUGAUGCUGCCAGAAGCCAUUGCAAUCGUCGUCGCUCCCAAAGUUGGAGUAUUUCGUCUAUCUGAGCGUGGUAUGAAAGAAAUUGGUGAAUGUCGUAAAACAGGCUUUCAUCCCCAUAAAGAUUCAUCAGCUCUGUUUCUUUAUUGCGAUGACGUGCACUUCGAAAGUUCUUUUGGAGCCGUUGUUGUUGAUUUACGCUGA